AUGGGACAGUCUUCCUCCACACAACGGAAUCGUCGUCACAGUACCCCUCCAGAACACUUUCCUACUUUCCACGCGAUCCGUGUCCGCAGAAAUAGGGAUGAAGCAAUGAAUAACAGCUACAACACGGAGCAGACUGGGGACUACCAGCCCCGGUCGGGAACAGAGACAGACCAUGACAACACUCCAACAACUUCAGGAGCCCCCGCUCAUCCGGAUCCUUCUGCCGAGAUAUGGCAUCCCAACCUCUCAGGUGGUGAACAACGACAUAUGAGAACAAUACAGGAGGAGAACGACCCGCAAUAUGAGCCAGGCCAGCGGGAAUAUCGAUCGGAUAUAUUUGCCCGAAUGGCUGCCAGAAGGCAGUCAACCAUGUCGCGAUUGGGUUCUAGGAUCCUUCCUAAUUCGGUGAUCCGUGGAUUGCUAAGCAGCGAAGAAGAAACACCAGCAGAAGGUCACGCCCAUCGCCACGGUAUCGUGUCAAGGACGAUUCCAAGAUCGGAAGCCACGCAUAGCAGCGCCCGUUUUAGCCCGUUCAAUUCCCUCAGCUCGAGAAGCGUCUCUAGGCGACGCUCCUUACGUGGGCCGUACUUCAUCCCCCGCAAUGAUCCAACUCUCUCGUCAGAUCCCGCUCGUUCCGGCUCAUUCCUCGACCCUACCACAGAGAUCACCCCAGAACCUACGCGAAGCUCAUGGCGCCGCAGUGCUCGGCUGCAUCGUGUCCGAAACUCACUGUCAGGACCAAUUGGCCACAUGUUCGGCCAAUCUUUCCCGAACGCAUCGGCCCAAGAAUCAGGACCGAUCCCACAACCACCCCUGGACCCAGUCUCUAGUGAAGACGCCGACGGAUUUCUUCCUUAUUCAAGGUCAAUGGAUAGCCAGAUGGACUUUGAUGAGCCCCAUGAGCUUGAUUCGGUAGAACCUGCUGUAGGCAGUACCCGUCCUACCUCGCCUAUGUCAUCGCAGUCUACACAAGGCCCACCUGGCUUACGGCAACUCCCGGGAUUGCUGCGAGCAAGACCGUCUCGAGCCAUGCGUCGAGAGGAACAGACCCCUUUGUCGCGUGUCCUUCAACUGGCCGCUGCCGCCAUUGCCGCUCAGCUCUCUGGCACAGCUGGUCCAGUUAUGCCCAACAUUCAGGCUCUGGGUAAUGAUGGCCUUGAUGGUUCGUUGGAUAAUUUCAUACAGAGCUUACAGCACGCCACGUCCACCCAGACGGCCCCCAACGAAGGAGAGAGUGCGGCAGGCGACAACGGUCCUCCGACCCCGGUUAACUUCCUGAGAGUCUUCCGCUUUGCCAAUUCAGAUGGUACUCGACCGAGCGGUCCAUUGAAUCGUCCAACGGCAAACGCUGAGAACACCGAUAACAACGGCGGCGGAAUGGAUGUGGACAACCCUACUGAUGGACCUGAAGGACGUACUGUUACUCUCGUAGUGGUUGGUGUACGAUCGGUCCCCUCUGGGAACGGGCCUAGCGGCGAUCAGCCAGGUAAUCCAGGAACUGGACUGGAUGCCUUGCUCCGCUUGCCGUUCCUAACGCCUGGGAAUCUAGCACGCAAUCACGAGAACGGCUCUGGAUUUCCGCCACGUCCAGAUGGGCGGCCAAGGCUUCCACCUAUCCGGCUCCAGGGCGAGCAGCAUCCUAGUGGACUUCCCACGGGCAGUGAGAUUUCUUCACAAGGAGGACCGACCCCACUGCGGCGGCUGUCUGACGCGGGCACCCGGGCCCCAUUAGGCUCACUAUCUGCAGCCCCUUCGGUGCUUUCGGAAAGCCCUCCAGGUCCCCAUCCUCCUCCUUCGACGCCAGCUGAACCGGGAUUAUCCGCCGUGUCAUCCAGCGCGUCCACUCCUAGUCGGAGACCUUCGACUGCUUCGGCCAUGUCACCAGGUACCCUGCCUCCGAUUGACACCAACCGACCGAUGCAACCCACGGUUGAGCCCGCUGAAGACGGUAUUCCGCUGAAUACGCGCCAGCGACGUCGAAGUGACUCAGAAUAUGCACGCCAUCGUGACCUAGGGUCUGGUGCUGUCCGGCGUAACGGUGUCGUAGAACCCGACAAUGCUACACCACCCACGGGAAGAAGCUGGCUGAUUUACGUUGUCGGGACCAAUCUUUCAGAGAAUCACCCUGCUUUUGCAACGCCAAGUCUGUUUACUGAUGUAAGAGAUCUCAACUUUAACCCUCUUCGCUCAACCUCUUUCUUCCCUGGUCGAUGCAAUCCAACGUACGAAGACAUGAUCUUGCUCUCGUCUCUGCUUGGGCCUGUCAAGCCACCUGUUGCGACCCAGGAGGAUCUCUCUACGGCCGGUGGACUGUUCCGCCUUGUGGAGUAUGCCGGCUCGCUGGUUGCAGAAGGUCUGGAAGGCGCUGGCGCCAUCCAACUUCCCGAAGGCGAGCGGUGCUUGAUCUGUCUCAGUGACUACGAGGCGGCAGAGGAGCUUCGGCAACUGACCAAAUGCAAACACCUUUUCCACCGGGAUUGCAUUGAUCAGUGGUUGACCACGGGCCGUAAUUCAUGCCCACUUUGCCGAGGCCAAGGUGUAGCCGAGACGUCGAAUAAUCAACCCACGCCUGAUGCACCUAGCGCAGCAGCAGCGUAA